AUGGGCAAUCACCUUUCUCUACUGGGUCAAUCAUUCCCGUCCGAGUCGAAAUUUCACGUCGAUGACAUCCCCGACCUGACCGGGAAGGUCAUGAUCGUUACUGGAGCUAAUACUGGGAUUGGUAAAGAGACAGCAAAGGCCCUGUUGAACCACAAUGCCAAGGUAUACAUAGCUGCCAGAAGCCAAGAGAAGGCAGAAGUAGCCAUCAAGGAUCUUAAAAACAGCACUGGGAAAGAGGCUCUCUUUCUAAAGCUUGACCUCGCAAAUUUGAAGUCUGUGAAAGCUUCUGCCGAAGAAUACCUCAGCAAAGAGACUACGUUGGACGUCCUAUUCAAUAGCGCGGGGGUCAUGUUCCCUCCAAAAGAAUGGUUAACUGUGGACGGAUAUGAUAUGCAAUUUGGAACAAAUGUCCUUGGGCACUUCUACUUCACUAAGCUGCUAUUGCCCACCCUGAUUGCUACCGCAAAAUCUGCGCCUGAUGGCAAAGCUCGUGUUAUCACGACUUCGUCCUCGGCACAUAUCCUGAAGGGCCUCACCUUCUCGGCGUUUGAAGAUGGUCCUGCUCGUGGGAAGAUGUCUACUACUGACCUUUAUGGGCAGAGCAAAACCGCAACAUUCGAACUCGCAAGGCGCUACAGUUCAGAGGGCAUCGUUUCCAUACCCCUGAACCCAGGUAACAUCAAAACAGACCUGGCGCGCCACAUGCCGUCUUUUCUACGUGGUAUUUUGAACUUGUUCCUCUACGACGUUGAACAUGGAGCACUGACUCAACUCUAUGCUGGAACUGCUCCAGAAGCUGUAGAGUUGAACGGCAAGUAUCUCGUUCCUUGGGCCAGGGUUGGUCCAACUCGUAAGGAUGCUCGGGACCCCAAGGUAGGCGAGGCUCUAUGGGAAUGGCUUGAAGAGCAGGUCAAGGAUGUUUGA